CUAUGCAUUUUGUCUAUGCUAUGAAAAGCUUCAAAUUAAAAAAAUAGGCGAGCGUUUUGGACAAAAUUAUAACGCUUCAACAAAUUUUGCUCAACUUAACUCUAUGUAUUUUUAACUGGUUAUAGAAAAAACCCUCAAAUCGCAUUUAAACAAGGGCCUGACAUAGCAUCUUAAGAUGGCAGUAAACGUAUAUUCAACUAACGUGACGUCGGAGAAUUUGUCUCGACAUGACAUGUUGGCGUGGGUGAACGAUUGCCUGCAGUCCAGCUUCGCCAAGAUCGAGGAGCUGUGCACAGGCGCCGCGUACUGCCAGUUCAUGGACAUGCUGUUCCCCGGCAGCGUGCCCAUGAAGCGUAUUAAAUUCAAAACAAAUCUAGAACAUGAGUACAUACAAAACUUCAAAAUUCUACAAGCUGGCUUUAAAAAAAUGCAAGUGGACAAGAUAGUACCCAUUGACAAACUGGUGAAGGGUCGUUUCCAGGAUAACUUUGAGUUUUUGCAAUGGUUCAAGAAAUUCUUUGAUGCCAACUACGGAGGCACGGAUUAUGACGCGCUGGCCGCGCGGGAGGGACUCCCGAUGGGGCACGGGGGCGCCUCGGCGCCGCGCGGGGGCCCCAAGAAGCCCGUGGCGCCCGUCGCCAGGGUGCCAGCCAGACCCCAAACCAUCGGAAAGGCCAAUACCGCGGUGCGGUCGCCCCCCGUGAGCAUCUCCAGGUUAAACCAAAGUGCGAAAGGAGACUCCAAAGCCCUGGAUGAACUGAACCUUCAGGUAAACGAACUAAAAGCCACAGUUGACGGCCUCGAGAAGGAAAGAGAUUUUUACUUCGGGAAACUCAGGGACAUAGAGGUGAUCUGUCAAGAGAUGGAAGAGCAACAGAAUGGUCCAAUUGUUCAGAAAAUCCUCGACAUAUUAUACGCGACUGAGGAUGGAUUUGCGCCUCCCGAGGAGAUCGACGGCGACAACCCGCAUCCCCCCGAAGAGGACGAGUAUUGAGCGGGACUUCACACGUAACAUCUACGCGUAUCAUAGUGCUCUUUGUAUAUUAACUCGAAUUUAUCUUGCUUAACCAACACCCAUAUCGAGUGCUUAGUAUUUCACAGCCGAUGAGUCGUGACUGGUGUACAUUGCAACCUCGGUUCGUCUACGGACCGCAGAAUUAACCCUUUCACUGCGUGUCACGCGAUAUCGCUAAGUCUGCUUUAAUUGGCAAGGUAUCUGCAGUGAAAAAAAAAACAAUUAUCUGUUUGUAUAGUUUAUGUAAUCGUAUUUUUUGCGUCAAAUACAUUGUCGCUGUCGCCGACAUUGUUUAAGCAAAAAAAAUCGUAUGUGUAUUGGUAUCAAAAUUUCAAUGUAGUCAGAGACACAACUAAAUACAAAACAAAAAAAUAAUAAAAAUGGAAAAUUGCACUCUAAUUCUAAAUUCGCCUACAUGACAUUUUGACCACAAAAAAAAAACAGCUAUUUUGUAUGUGGCUGUGUGAUACCUAAGUGCAUAACUAUAAACUCUGAGCAUUGUUUCUUGACUGAUUCUGUCUAUAUCUGUGUAAGUUGUUUCGAUGGUAUAAAUCUUCUUGUAUUAUUUACUCUGUGUUGAGAGGUGUUGCUGUGCAGUGUGGUGCAGAAUGUGUGCUUCUUAAUGUCCUUGUAUUUAUCACUGUGGGCCGCCCGUGCCUAUUUACGUGCAUUUAGUAGGUUGUUAAUUAUGAGAUGUUUAAUGUUAUUGUACUUGUUUAAUUCUGUUGAAAUUUCGCAGUUUUCUGAAGUAUAUUGAUGACAAAAUCGUUAGAGUAAAGUGAUGAACAUGUUAGAUCUGAUGUCCGCCGUUUACCACGGUGGUCACAAGCGAUGUCGUAAAAUUUUGUAAGUUUGACAUGUAACUGUACUGUUCUAGACGGCUGUGGAAGUGUAUUGUAGGUAAUCGUUCGGCGUUAUUGGUCCGGGCCCAGUAUUAAACAAUGUAGUUAAGACUAAAGGACAUUAAUGUAACCGAGAAAUGUGUAAUGGUCCGUAUAAAAAUAUACUAAAGUUGUUAACAUAGUAAAUCAAUACACGAGAAUGAUUUAUUUGUCUGCCCUUUCAAUAGAAUGAACUGAAUCAUAGUUAUAACUUUGUCACGUUUUCCUACGAUAGCGUGCUUGCAGUUGCACCCAGGCUAGGUCGAUCAGAUUGCGAAUCAUAUUCCUAUUAGGCAAGAUAUUUGAGUAGAUUUAGGUUAUUGACAUGAUGUAGUUUCAUUAAUUACAUGUUUACAUAUGUAUUUAUACUUCUAAUUAUUAAUUUAAAAAAAAUGCAAAUGUAGGCUCUAUAAUAAUUCAAAUUUACAUGUUAGUUACAUGUUAUCAUAUCCCUUCAAAAUAAAGUUCAUAAAAAUAAUUUGGUAUAUAAAACGAUAAAAUUGUAUUAAUUAGCACUCCUGAAGCCUGAAUAAGAUUUAAAGAAAUUAGUAUUUUAAGAAAGAGGGUUAUGGAAAAAAUUAUAAACAUUUAUUAUAUACUCUUGUAAUACAAAAGAACUGUAAAUGACAAUGGAAUAAAUGCCCAAUUUGUUUUAAGUUAUAUCUGAAAUUGUGUCAGUCUGCCCUAGCUAGGUAUAAAUAAUACUCUUAUAAUUUGAAAACUUCUUUUUUUAUGUAAUGCAUUAUUAUUCUCCAUAAAUCUGGAAAAUUCGCAAUGUCCAGAUAUUUCAAGUUUUGUAUAUUUUAUCCUUUUAAAUUUUGCUAAGUAUCUAAUAACUUUAAGAUUAUAUCGAUAAAACUGUAUAUCAAAAUUAUACUUGAACAAAAUAAAGAGCCUAAUAGAUUUUAGCACAGUAAUAACAAAAUGUUAAAUAUUGGAACGAUGUGCUAACACUGAAAUUGAGGAUGACACCAACAAUAAGUUGCCAGAAAUUGAUGACUCCAAUAAUUUAUUUUAACUUUCGCAUAGGUAUGUAAACUGCCUUAACAACAAUCAUUUUCAAUGCCUCUAAUUUCAGAUUGUAAAAUAAAUGUCUUAUCAAAUAAAUAAAUCUUUAUUA